AGGAGGCGGCGGCGGUGGCGGCGGCGGUGGCGGCGGCGGCGGCGCAGCUAAGGCUAGCGAGGCAGUCGAGGCGGAGCCCGCACAGCCGAACGCGGACCGCGGGGGGCGCCCGCGCCGGGAGCAGCAGGAGGAGGACGCGCGGCGGCGCCGGCGCCCUGCCCGGGAAAGUAAAGUUGGAGCCCGAGGCUGCGCGCCGGCGCUGGGGCCCGGAGGAGCGGCGGCCCGCGCCCCGGUGCGCCCAGCCCUAGCCGGCCGGAUGGGAGGCGGAGCGCCCGGGCCGCCGCCGCCGCCGCCGCCUGCAGCCUGCGUCCCGGCCGGGCGCCGGGGCCGCGGGGCCGCUCGGGCACGCCCGCUCGGGCGCCGCAUCACCGUGGGCUCGCGGCCCGGGCGCUCCCCGUGAGCGGGGCCGAGGGCGGGGCCGCGCGAGGACCCCGGGACCUGCCCCCCUCCCCCCUCCGCCGCGUCGCCGCUUGCUCCGGGAGCCUCCUGCUCUGCACUUACGCGCGCGGCAGCUGCGGGGAGCCCGGCAGCCACGCUCUCCUGCGCGCCGCUCGCCCGCCGAGCCACCACGGCCGAGGGCCGGCUGCGGGGCGCCGCGGUCCCAGGCGGGCGCGCCCCGGGAACAGGCGGCGAUGCGGGCGCCGGCCCGGGCUGGGGGGCGCCCGAGCUGCCGCGGCUGCGCCCCGGCUCCAGGCGGGACCGCGUAGCUCGCGGGAGGACCAUGGCGUCCCCGGCGCUGGCGGCGGCGCUGUCGGCGGCGGCGGCGGCGGCGGGCCCCAACGCGAGCGGCGCCGGCGAGGGGGGCAGCGGCGGGGACGCCAACGCCUCGGGCGCCGCGCCGGGGACCGCCUGGGGGCCGCCCCCGGGCCAGUACUCGGCGGGCGCCGUGGCGGGGCUGGCUGCCGUGGUGGGCUUCCUCAUCGUCUUCACCGUAGUGGGCAACGUGCUGGUGGUGAUCGCCGUGCUGACCAGUCGGGCGCUGCGUGCGCCACAGAACCUCUUCCUGGUGUCGCUGGCCUCGGCCGACAUCCUGGUGGCCACGCUGGUCAUGCCUUUCUCCCUGGCCAACGAGCUCAUGGCCUACUGGUACUUCGGGCAGGUGUGGUGCGGCGUGUACCUGGCGCUGGACGUGCUCUUCUGCACCUCGUCCAUCGUGCACCUGUGCGCCAUCAGCCUGGACCGCUACUGGUCGGUGACGCAGGCCGUCGAGUACAACCUGAAGCGCACACCGCGCCGCGUCAAGGCGACCAUCGUGGCCGUGUGGCUCAUCUCGGCCGUCAUCUCCUUCCCACCGCUCGUCUCGCUCUACCGCCAGCCCGACAGUGCCGCCUACCCUCAGUGCGGCCUCAACGACGAGACAUGGUAUAUCCUGUCGUCCUGCAUCGGCUCCUUCUUCGCGCCCUGCCUCAUCAUGGGCCUGGUCUACGCGCGCAUCUAUCGCGUGGCCAAGCUGCGCACGCGCACGCUCAGCGAGAAGCGCGCGCCCACGGGCCCCGACGGGGCGUCCCCGACCACUGAAAACGGGUUGGGUGCUGCGGCGGGCGCGGGCGAGAACGGGCACUGCGCGCCCCCGCGCCGCCCGUGCGCCGACGUGGAUCCGGAGGACAGCAGCGCGGCGGCGGAGCGGCGGCGGCGCCGGGGUGCGCUGCGGAGGGGCGGGCGGCGGCGCGCUGCGGGGGAAGGGGGCGCGGGCGGCGCGGGCGGCGCCGACGUGGCUGCGCCCGGGCCGGGGCCAGGAGCGAGCGAUUCCGGUGCGCUGGCUGCCGCUAAGUCCCCGGGUCCCGGCGGGCGCCUCUCGCGCGCCAGCUCUCGCUCCGUCGAGUUCUUUUUGUCGCGCCGCCGCCGGGCGCGCAGCAGCGUGUGCCGCCGCAAGGUGGCCCAGGCGCGCGAGAAGCGCUUCACCUUCGUGCUGGCGGUGGUCAUGGGCGUGUUCGUGCUCUGCUGGUUCCCCUUCUUCUUCAGCUACAGCCUGUACGGCAUCUGCCGCGAGGCCUGCCAGGUGCCCGACCCGCUCUUCAAGUUCUUUUUCUGGAUCGGCUACUGCAACAGCUCGCUCAACCCGGUCAUCUACACCGUCUUUAACCAGGACUUCCGCCGUUCCUUUAAGCACAUCCUCUUCAGACGGAGGAGAAGGGGCUUCAGGCAGUGAGCCGCGCGCCCGGCCCCGCGCAAACCCUGGACAGCUCCAGGCGGCGCCUUGGGAAGGCAUACCCCCCCCGCCACCCCAGCCCCGCCAGGAGAAAGCGGGGGCAGCAGCUUCCCCCAGACCCAGGGAUGGAUUGACCUCUGGAACAUAGGGGAGGGUACCGCAGGGCAGGAGUGUGGGCUGAGGGACGGCAGGGACCCCGGGGAGGGGGUGAGGAGAGAGGGGCAACCCCUCUGCCUUUCCAUCUCAGCAAAGGGCUGCUUUUGGGCCUUCGGCCCGGAUCUGGCCCUGGGGGCCCCUGCAGAGGUGCGGCUGUGAGGUCAGAGUCUCAGACAGCAGAAGUGAAUGCAACCUCCCUAACGGGCAAGAAAGGAGCCCACCCCCCCAACACACACCGCUACCCAGAUCCACCUCUGAGCAAGGGCUGACUUCCCCAGGACCGUGGGGGCGGCUGUCUUGGGGGAGGAAAGAGGCAGUGACAGUCUUUGGUUAUUGAAAGUAUUUAAAUGUUUGCCAAAAACGACAGCCAAAACAACCAAACUAUUUUCUAAAUAAACCUUUGUAAUCUAA